GCGAUGCAGCCGAAGUCGAGUGAACCCUAAAACGUUCCCCUUGCCAUCUGUGCGGGUCGGAAUCUGUUGCGGCGAGUGGCAUCGAUCUUGCACCGGGUGCUUCGACGCAGAAGCGACCGGAAGUGGGAGAAGCGAUGGACUCUGCGGGCGGAGGACCAGGCGACGAAGGGCCUCACGGGGUACUCUCUCCGCAAUCUUUGUCCGUGCUGGGCGAAGGGAUCUCCCUCGUGUUCUCUCGCUGGACGGCGCUCCAGAUGGCGGUGGAGAACGCGUGGGGUGGGAAAGACUCCCGCAGCAAUUCCGAGGAGCUCGCCUCCACCAUUCUCUCCUGGUUCUCCCAAUCUAAAGGACCACUUUAUAUUGAUGAUCUGGAAAAUCUGCUUGAGGAGAACAUGGAAGCUUUGUUCAAUACAGAGAUCGAUGAUGGUAGCAUUGAGGAGGUAGCUGAAGAAUUAAUGAUUAUGCAUGAAGCUUGUCUUGAAGGCAAUUAUGAAUCAAUUGAAAAGCUGAGGAGGUCUGGCCCUGUUGUUAGUGCUGUUUCUCAGAGCAAAAGGGUGGUUGAUGACGAUAGUGAAUAUGAGAGUUCAGAUGAAGAAGCAUCAGAAAUGAUGGUUGAUGAGCCAAUGCCACAUGAAAUGGUUGUGGAAAAGCCAAAGCAGAAACAAAUGCCAAAUGAAGAUGGAUGGUCCACAGUUACUUCCAGGAAAAACAGGGGUAAGAAGUAAUGGUGGAAGGCAGUGAGAGUAUGCAACUCUUUGUUGAUCAAUCAAAUCGAGUCCUUUUUUGCUGUGGCCUUGGAGAGAGAGAUGUUUAGGGUGUUUUGAUAGCAUUACGUUAUGGUUUACCCACUUCAUUUUUAUUUAUAACCCUUUCGAUCAAGCUUGUGGUUAUUAUCACCCAUUGUUUCCGAUGUAAUAUUUUAUGAGAAAAUUUCGUGAUAAUAGUAGAACAAGUAAUUCCUAAGUAUAAUUCGUGUGGUGCCAAGACCAGUUUUAACAGAGGAGAUUUAUCUAAAUGUUUUUCAA